AUGUCUCUUAAAAGCACACUUCAGAAUCUCCUUCCACUUAUAACGAUAAAAUUUUAUGAAGAAGAUCCUCCUGAAGAACCUAAAAUAGAUUUUUGGGAAAUUUUAAUGCAAAAAUGUAAAACUCCGACGUUACCAGCUCCACCUCCGCAACUACCGAAACUACCGACGAGAGUACCACCACCUCCUCCUAAAAGGAUGAAAAUGGAAACAUCCGCUAUUCAUUCAUCAUCAUCACAAUAUCUUUCUAUUAUCAC